GUAGAUAAACUAGAAAAUUUCCCCAGUUCGAAUCUGGUGAGAACUUUUUAGGUAAACUGAAUAGGUAAAUACAAUUUCAUUGAUUAAUUUUCAUUAAAAAUUUGAGUCAUUAUUUAAAUUGAAGGCGUAAACAAUAGAAAAUACUAAAUUUUCUUUCUUCGCUCAGUUGUUAUCAGUUAUUGAACUGUCUUGCAUAGUGUCUUUGAAAGCAUUAAAUAAAAUUGUGCUGUAUUUAUAACGCCCGUGUCUCGUGACCGACAAUAUGCUCACAUAUGAUUCACUGAUCACAAAGUUGGUUAUCACUUCUGUUAUGCUCCCGUUCCAUGAUAAUCUCUUGUUUUCAAAUAAGAAUCUUUUUUUUAACUUUAUAGUCAGAGAAAAUAAUUUUAGUUUUCGUUUUUUCUUAUUCGCAGACAGAUGUGAAAUUUUCCGACUGGUCAAAAAACCUUUAGAUAGAAAUAGCUUAGGAAAACGAGCUGCAUCGAAUAGAAUAUUAAGAAAUAAUACAUUUGCCUCCUGAUUUACCACAAUGGCUAUGAAUUCUAUUUACAACGUAUUUACGCAUCUUGGCAAUCUUUAUAAGGAAAUCAAUCCUGCUACUCUUAACGGUGCUAUCGAUGUUGUUAUGGUUCAACAACCCGAUGGAAAGAUUGUUUCUGGCCCUUUUCACGUUAGAUUUGGAAAAAUUGGAGUUUUAAGAGCUAAAGAGAAGGUUGUUGAUAUUGAAAUUAAUGGUAGAUUCGUUGAAGAUGUUCAUAUGAAAUUGGGAGAAGCCGGUGAAGCUUUCUUUGUUGAAGCGACUGAAUCGAAUGAUGUUCCUGAAUAUUUAGCAACGUCUCCCAUUCCUAACUCUCUACAGUUUAUGGAAGAAGGAUUAGAACAAUUGAAGUUGUCACUAUCGGAAAAUAUUAAUGAUCUUGACAAAGCAACUCAAACUGAUCUUACUGCUGGACAUGUUGAAUUAUUGUCGCCAAACAACCCUGACGCACCCUUGGAUAUUAAUUUUGAAAAGAACUAUGAACAACUAAGAAACACUCCCCCGAAGGAUGGUUGUCACCUUUCAUCCUCUACGCAAACAUUUGAAAAUGAGAUUUUACCACUAAAGGUAUCCAAUGAUUGGAAAAGAAUGAAGGCUAAAAGGGCAAAACGAUACGUAUCCAACUCUGACGAUGUCUUCAAGCUUGACCACGUCAGCGGUGAACUGUCUAUGUCUUACAGCUUACCUCAUUUGGAUAGUGAAAAGUGGUCAGCUGUUGAUCCAGAAAUUCACCCAUUUAGCGAUGGUGACAUUACCCCUCAAAUGUCACCAGAACCUUCAAGAUCUCCUUCUCCUAAAAGUGAUACAGAAUUUGAAGUAAGACAAAUCAGAGCUGAAACUGGGGCCCAAACUAAUUUAACCGGCGAUAAAUUUCAAGUUAUCAACGAAUUAUUUUGGGAAUGGGGUGAAUUACCCAAAAGCACGUCAACAACGCCAGUUGCAAUCGAUAAAAGUGAUGUUAAUAAACAACCAAAUUGGAACUUCACGAAGAAUGGUAAACAAAUAAAAGAAGAAGGAAUCUAUUUAUCAGAUUUAGAAGCAGACGAAGAAGUCGCUUCACAUUAUUUAUAUUCGACUACGAAUGUCUCAUCUCGUUCUCCCGCACUCAAUACAAAAGACGAUGACGUUGAAAGUGGCCAUGGAAGAUCAUUACCUCAAUCGCCUGUUGAACAGGUUAUUAAACCUGUAGUGAGAAGACCCGAAAUUUUUCCCACGGUUUCCCUAUCCCUUUGUGGUAAUGCUAGUGAGGCAUCAAAAGAAAAAUUUGCUGAACAUCUAGUUACAUUUGAACAAUUCUGUAAAAAUCCCGAAAUAACAACCCACCCAAGUUUAGUAGUCAAAAUUGGGGAAAAGUUUUAUAAUUGGGCUUGUGCGGCACCUAUUCUGUUAUGUUUAAAUACUUUUGAGGAAAAUUUACCCGAGAAUUGCGUGGAUAAUUUGGUUAAGAAUCAUAUGUCGAAGAGAAAAAAGGGAUGGUUCUGGGGGUUUGGAGGAAGAGAUCCAUCUUCAACUAGUCAAUCAGGUGUUAAGAAUAACAAAGACAAUAAAAUCAAAGAAAUACCAUCUAUUACCAAAGAAUCGCCAGAAGAUUCUAAAGAAGAAAUUAAUGUAGAACCCGAUAAAUUUGUGAAAAGUACACGAUUAACUCCUGAACAAAUUGCGAAAUUAGGACUCAAGGAAGGAGCUAACGAAAUAACUUAUACUGUUACAACCUCCCUACAAGGUACUACUCGACUAGUAUCGUAUAUUCACCUAUUCCGCUGGGAUGAUAGGCUAAUUAUAUCGGACAUUGACGGAACAAUAACAAAAUCUGACGUCUUUGGUCAAGUCUUACCGAUGCUCCCCUUUUUCAGACAUGAUUGGUCUCAAGCUGGUAUUGCUAAACUGUACCAGGAUAUUCAUAGAAAUGGAUACAAAUUUAUAUACCUAUCUGCUAGAGCUAUAGGACAAGCUCACACAACUCGACAAUAUUUGAAAUCUAUUAAACAAAUUGGCCAGCACGAACUACCAGAUGGACCUCUGCUGCUAUCCCCCUCUUCCCUAAUAAGCGCCUUCCAUAAAGAAGUUAUAGAACGUAAACCUGAAGAGUUUAAAAUUAGCUGCUUAAAAGAUAUCAGAGAUUUAUUCCAUGAUCGUAAUCCAUUUUAUGCUGGCUACGGAAAUAGAUCGAAUGAUGUUUGGGCUUAUCAAGCCGUUGGAGUACCCCUCUCUAGAAUAUUUACUGUCAAUCAUAGGGGAGAAUUGACUUUAGAAAAGACACCAGGCUUUUUGUCAAGCUACGAAAAGAUGAAUUCCAUAGUAGAUCAUUUAUUUCCUCCGCUUGUUGACGGAGAAAGACUGCCAAAAUUAAAUAAAGAAAGGCAUACGUCCGGUAAAAUUGAAAGUUGCAACUUUCCAGAAGCUGAAGAAUUUAGCAAUUUUACAUACUGGAGGGAACCAAUACAAGAUGUUGUUAUUGACUUGGAUGCGUAUAAAAAGACCGGAGUUUUACCUGAAUAGACGUAUUACCGAUUUGUAUUAUAUCUUAUAUCGAAAAAAAACAAAGAAAAAUGAAAAAAAACCCAACUUUACCAUUGAAGUCUAUGUAUUCAUAUGUCAAUUUAAUGAAUUUUUUAAAUAUUAUUAUUUUGAUUUGGACAAGUUAAAGAUGUUUUCAGCAGGCUCAAAUAAUCUUAAACUUGCCCUAAAUAUUUAAUAUUUUAAAUUGAGCUCAACCAAAAAUUCGUAUUGAUUGUGAGUCAUGAUACACUAUAUACAUAUGUAAACUU